CCGCGCCACCGCCGAUAUCAGCAUGAGAAGUAUGACAUACGGCUGCUGCUGGCUAUCGCCGGGAUUAUCGUGGGCGCUCUUACCUGCCAUGGUUUCUCUCAGACAUGAUCUGGAACAUAUUCUGGCUGUAAAGCAGCAGCCGAUUUCCACAAGUAAGUACGGAUAUCCAGCGAGACAUGGCAGCGAUGUGCGACGUCGGGAAUAUGUCGGCAGUCCCAUAUAUCGGGACGCACCGAGUAUUACCGAAGUAGCCAUAAGCUUUGCUCCAGCUAGUCCGUAUGCCCCGAGGGGUCACAAGCCUCAGACUUAGGGUUACAUGGAGAUCCGGGGAAGGAAGGCAGUCUUUACCUUGGCGAAUCCUGUCUUGUGGUCUAGUUUGUUA